CAAUGUCAAUCAACAUUAUGUCAGUGUCAAAUCAAUUUUCCUAUCGAAUUGCGAUAAUUUUAUAACCAAACAAAAUAUAAGAAAUAUUAUUUUUCUUGAUUAUGUGCUUGUAGUUACAUAAUGUUGCAGUCAGUUUUAAAACGUUAUUUAACUGUGCGAACAUUGAAGGCAUUCAAAGCACCAGUUUCUUCACAAUUUAGAAGAAUUCACGUGACUUCAAGUUUACGGCACGGAGAAUACGAAUGGCAAGAUCCCAAGUCUGAAGAUGAGGUUGUAAAUAUAGUUUACAUAGACAAAGAUGGAAAUAGAAUUAAUGUGAAAGGCAAAGUUGGUGACAAUGUUAUGUAUCUCGCGCAUAGGCAUGAAAUUCCUAUGGAAGGUGCCUGUGAAGCCUCCCUAGCAUGUACCACAUGUCACGUGUAUGUACAAUCGGAAUAUUUUGAUAAAUUACCCCCCUCGGAAGAGAAAGAAGAUGACCUACUAGAUAUGGCACCAUUUUUAAAGGAAAAUUCUAGAUUAGGAUGUCAAAUAACACUCACCAAAGAAUUGGAGGGGAUUGAAGUACAGUUACCGAAAGCGACUCGGAACUUUUACGUAGACGGACACAAACCCAAACCGCAUUGACUUGCAACUUUUAUAUUAAGCUUAGAUUAUAGGAAGAGUAAUGCACACUACUUCUAGAAAAUGUUUGAAGUUUUGAAGGGUAGUUGUAAUUUUACAUGGCUGCUUUGGUUUACGAACAUUAAUUUCUUUCUAAAUUUUACCCAGAUGUAUCAUAUGAGGCUGAAAGCUGACCUGAACGUACUUGCAAUAUGUACCUUUCAGUGUUGAAAAUUUAUUGAUUCAAAAGGUAUCAAGAAGUUGUAUUGGCUGUAAAUAUUAUUCCACUUUUUAAAUGGCACAGUGGACACCAUUUAGUCGAAAGUUAAUUUUAUUUAAAAUGUCUGCAGUCUACAGUCAAAGCUAUGGACUUCCAAAUUUUGCUGCCUGAAAUAUUUCCUCACUUCUGUCUUCUUUUAUUUGGAUGUGACAAAAGUAACAAGAAAAGAUGUACAAGUUGAGUGUUUUAAUAAUUGCACCAAAAUAUAGGUCAUCCUCAUUAGAGAUAAAUUGUAAGUAGGUAUAUAGUAAUCUCACAAUGCAGUAAAUAAGUACUAAAAUGCAGUACAAUUAAAUGCAAUAGAAUUAUAGAAUAUUUUCUUGCUUCAAGCAUAAUGUAUAUAAUUUAGUUAAGAAUUUGUUAUUGUUUUUAACAACAAUGUUGUACAAAAGUUGUAAGUAUAAAAAUAAAACAUUUUAUCAUUA